AUGCACAGCGCAGUGGAUUCGGGGCGCCAACGCAGCUUGCUGCAGAACGCACAGGCUCUGGUGGCAGAACUACGCGCGCUGCCGCUCGAUCCUGCCACAACCCGCGCCAGUUACCCGCGGAUGUUUGAGCUGGUCCGCCUGGUCAGGCGCUACGGCGAGGCCACGGCUGCGCUGCCCGCCGAUGAGACCCGCGCCAUGUGGGAGCAGCGUGGGCAGUGGCUCCAGGAAGAGGUAUGUGGGCUGGCCCAGGAGCGCAUCUACUCCCCGGAGCAGCAGCAGUACUGGGGGAAUCUGCUGCUGCUGCUGUUCACGGGAGCGGAGGCGUGUGACAAGGCGCUCAGGGAAAAGAUGGAAUUGGAGUUAUCCCUGCAGGCCCAUGUACGGCAGGUUUCGGAGCUCCAGGAUCAGCUUAAGGGUGCCAGGGCGCAGGCAGAGCAGGCGGCGCAACGCACCAGUGUUCCCCCCGACGUGGCCGAGGAGCUGCUAUCCCUCCGGUCGAAGGUGGCCGUGUUGGGGGGGGAGCUGGACAAGGGCAGGGGGGAGCUGGCGGCAGCUCAGCAGCAGAUGCAGCUCCUUGCUGCUGAGCGUGACGCCCUCCGGCAGCAAGUGGAGCUGGUCAGGUCGGAACUGACCUCGGCACAGAGCACCGCAGCGAGUAGGCUGGAGGUAAUCCAACAGCUCAUGCAGCGGACCGAGACCAGCUCCAGCCAGGGCCAGGCGGCGGCGGCGGAGCUCUCCAAACUGCAGGUGAUUGAGAAGCUGGUCGAGCUCAACAGCGAACUGAUGGACAACUUGAACACGGCGGCCGCGACAGCGGAGGUUAAGAGCAAGCAGCAGCAGCAGCAGCAACACCUGGGAGCGGCGGCGGUGGCGACGCCGACGUCGGGGCCCACGGACACGCCCGGGCCCGCGGGCAGCAUUGCCGGUGGUGGCGGCGGCGGCGGCGGUGCGGUCAGCGAAUGUGGUGGUAGCACGCAAGGCGUGGCGGGGACUGGAGUUUCGAUGUGGACACAGCGUAACGGAAUGUACGGUGUUGAUACGGCAGCCUCUGCGGAUGGCACCAGCGGCGGUGUUCCGCGGGUGGCGUCGCGAGGGAGCGGUUUGGUGGCGGCGGCGUCCCGCGGCGGGGGGGCCGGCGGCGGCGAGCCGGCUUCCCUGACGGAGGCCUUUGCGGCAUUUUUAAAGGACGAGACGCCGCCGAAGCCCGCGACCGCUGCCGUACUGGCGACGCCGCCGCCGGGUCCGGGGUUUUCGCAUCACUCCGGCGGCGGUUCGGGUGGCAAGGGUCGUGGAGGGCGUGUUGGAGGAGGGGGCUUCGGACUGGGGGGUAUUAUGGGUGUCGUGCGUUACGUUGCCGGGUCAGAUCGGACAGCGCAGGGGCCCCCUGGGGGACCUGGAGCGGGAUCUGGGACGGGCCCGUCUCCGCAGCAGCUUGGGACGCUGGGGGCUGCAGCAGCAGCACUUGGGACGGGCACUGCUCCGAAGCGGCUAGUCCCGCUCCAGAGUCCUCGACAUCCGCAACUUUGCCGAGUCUCGCAAGGAACGGCGACACCGCCAGGGCCAGCACCAGCUCCUUCAGCAACUGAUAGCAACAUCAGUUUUAAGAAAGGCUUUUGGACUUUUGUGGAUGUCAUCGCGAUUUUGGGCUCUGUGGGUGGCGCCCUGGCGGCCAUCCUCAACCUUAUAUCGGGCACCUACGUGCUAUUUUUGCCGUUGGUUCUACCCGUCGUCUCUCUACUCUCGGCGCUCCAACGCGAAGGGCUAAUUGCGGAGGACAACCGUCGCGCGUACGACACGUUGCGCGUGUCCCUAACCCGUGACAGCACAGCACUGCUUGCUGACGCGCGGGGGGCUCUGGAGGAGGUCCGUCGUGAGCUGCGGGGCCAGAACACGACCGCGGCCCGGCUGGGCACCAUUGAGGCGCGACUGAGCUCCCUGGAGGGCUCCAUACUCAGUGCCAGUCGCAGCGCCCGCGAGGCCGCCGCCGGCCUGGGUGUGCUGCCGGAGCGGUUGCAGUCCGAGCAGCGCGCGGUGCUGGAGGGGCUGGUGGGCGCCAUGCGACUGGAGCUGCGGAGAGCGGCGGAGGCACUGGCCAACAAUGAAACCACGGCACUAGCCAGGCUGGAUGCACGGCUGGCGGCCGUGGAGGGCUCUCUGUCUGGUCUGGAAGUGGCUCAGAGUGAGGGUUUGCGGCGGUUGUCCAUGUCCCUGAACAGCGCGCUGGCGGAUGCGGAAGCCACCUUGCAGAGCAGCGUCAGGAACGAAGUGGCGAGGUCUAUGGAGCCUGUACGGCGGCUGCCGCAGAUGCUGGCGGCUGCGCUGCCGCCGGCACUUGCCGCGGCGGAGGCGGUGGAGGCCAGCGCCGCCGCCGGGCCUGCGGGGUCGGCGCUGCAGGCCAUUGUGAGUCAGGAGGUGGAGAUGGCGGUGGCUCGUAUCCUGGACUUCCAAGCGGAUGCCUUUGGUCGUCUUAAUGCCGUACGUCCCGUACCCAUGGACGACGAGCAGUGGUCGGCGCUGGGUCGACGUCUAACCCGGUUAGAGAGGUUGGUGGAGGGGGUGCCGGCGGGUACGGAGGGCGCGCUGCUACAGGGGGGGCAGGUGCCGGCGGCGGUGGCGGCGGCGGUGGGGGAGGCGCUGGCGAUGCAGGUGGCGGAGGCGCGUGCUGAGGUGACGGCGGCGGCGGCGCGCGAGGCUGACAGUGUACGUAACGAUAUCUUGGCGGCGCAGACCGUACUACGGGAGAGCUUCGACGGCCUGGCGGCGGCGCUGCAGCCACUACAGCUUGGCGUGACAGAGCUGCAGGUGGCUGUAGCAGCCGUUUCGAAGGGGCAACAGGAGCAGCUGCAGCUUGCGCAGCAGGCCGCGGCGACAACGGAAGCUGAUGGUGUGGCGGCGGCAGCAGUGGCGGCGCCGCCGCCACCGCCGGCGGAGUUGGCGCGGCUGCUUGACGGCGUGGAAGCUGUUGCGCGGCUGCUGCGUGACGUCGAUGCGAAAAUGGACGGGGUGACCGCGGCGAUGGCUCAGCUGCCGACGGCUGCAGCCGCCGCAGCGGCGGCGGCAGCGCCACCGCCAUCGUCGCCACCGUCGCUGCCAAAAUCGUCGUCAUCGCCAGAUUUCACGGCCGAGGCUGUAGCAGCGGCGGCCGCCCAGCAGCAGCAGCAGCAGUGGGAGCUCCAAAACAGCAUGGAGUCCAUGAAGGAGGCCUUGGCGGCGCUUACCAGCCAAAUAAGCCUUAUGGCAGCUCAGGGGCAGCUGGCGGCGGCGGCGGCGCCAGGGUCUGCCGUGGAACCGCCAGCGAUGAGGGGCAGCGGCGCCGCUGCCCGCGGUAGCAGUAGCGGUAGUAGCGAGGUGGUUGACGUACUGUCGUUCGAGGCCAGCCUGGCGUCAGGGGCGCCGCCGCCGCCGCCGCCUGAGCGUGCUGGCGGAGGCGGCGUUGACGGCGGGUCGAUGACAAGCACGGCUGGUGUCACGCGGGAUGAAGCGUACGACAUGAUGCUACAGCUGGCGGAGGCACGGAGGCGCUCAGGCUCCGAAGCAAGCUCCAGUGGGAGCAGCGGCGGCGGCGGGAAGAGCGCCGGUGAUGAUGGUGGCAAUGCUGCUGCUGCAGCCGCCGUCAGGCCAGCUGAGUCACAACUGCGCAUUGUGGGGUUGCCGCCGUUUGAAGGCUCGCUGUCGGAAGGGGCUACUGCCGCUGGUGCUGCUGCCGCGGCGCCGGCCGCUGCGGAACGGCAGCAGCAGCCUCCUUCGCAGCGUGAAGCAGCUCAAGAAGUACAGCAGCCACUGCAGCAGCUACAGCCGUAUCCGGAAGCAGCGAAUUGGCAACAGCAGCAGCAGCCCCCAGAGCUACAGCUGCAGCAACAGCUACAGCCAGACAUCCGCCGCCCCCCGACAGUGGCAGCCGCAGCAGCAGCCACAGCGCCGCCACCGGUAAUCCCGUCAGCACCACCCGCCUUUGACGGGUCCAUGCCACCGCAAAUGGCGGACGCGCUACAGCCGGCAUCGUACGGCGGACCCGGACCGUUGCCGUAUGACGAGCGGAUGGGAGUGCAGUACAGUCCGUACGACCAGCAGCAGCAGCAGCAGCUGAUGCAGGACGGGGGCUUCCAGGGUGCCGGUGGGGCGCAAGCAGAGCAGCCGGCCGAGAAGCCGUCGUGGUACGACAUGAUACAGCAGUUCACGGCACCGGUACCGCCGCCCGUACAGCCCUCUCAGCAACAGCAACAGCAGCAACAACAACAGCAGCCCGUCUGGGGCAGCAGCACUCCCCCAUCAGCGCCGUCGCCGGGUGGUGCUGCUCCCGCUGCUGCUGCUGCACCCGCUCCUUCUCCCCCUCCGUCGGACUCGUACCGCCCUCGGCCGCUGGAGGGCCUUGGCGGCACCGAGCUCAUCAGCGAGGGGCUGCGACUGCUGCGGCUGGGGAGGGAGGAGACGAGGAAGGGGGAGGAUUACGGUCUGGCUGACUCGCUGAUCCAGUCCUCCAUCGCCGCCUUCACGCGGGCCGCGGAGCUGCCCUCCGCCGCCUCGGACGCCAAGGCGCUUGGCAACCUGGGGAAUGCGCUGCUGGCCAGGGGGGAGCUCAAGGCCGCCUACCUGGAGGCGCUUCGCUCGGGUCCCCCCCCCUCCUCCCCCUCGGAGGCCGCAACGCAGCGGGACGCGGAGAGGGCCAUGACGGGGGAGGCGAACGCGCUGCUCACGGACGCCGGGGUCAUGUUUUUAAAGCUCUACACCUCGGCCAUUGACAAGUUCGAGGGGGUGCUUGAAGGGGAGCCGGGCAUGGUGCCCGCUAAGUACAGGUGCGCCCUGGCCAUGGCGGGUCUGUCCCGCACGAAGCCCCCCUUCAGCCGCGAGCGCCUCACGCUGCUGGCGGACGCCAUCAACUACCUGCGGGACGUGGUGGCCAGCAGCGCACCGGACGCGGAGGCCCUGCGGUCCGCGGCGGUGGCCGCCCUGCAGCAGUACGAGGCGCAACUGAUGACGCAGAGGGCGGGGGGGCGGCAGCAGUAG